AUAUUCAAUCAUAUUUUUGAAUAUGAUAGUACCUACUAUGUAAUCAACUAAUUGUAACCUCAUAAGCGGCUGCUUUUCAGUUAAAUCGAGACUUUAUGUUUUCUGUUAUCUGAGUGGUGGAUGAAUACUUCAUCUACUACUUGAGUAAUGUGUGUUUUUGUGCUGCGGUUUCUGAACUGACCACAUUUCUUCUGAUCUUGAUUUUGCAUAUUGCAGAAUCUUGAACUUAAUGGAUCCUAAAUUAGCCGCACUUGUAUUCAUAUGGAUGUGGUUCAAGCCUUAUUCCAAAGCCCUAACAGACGAUGGACGUUUCCUAAUUAACAACAAUCAAUGCAAAAUUCCCGAUUUGCCAGUCUUUUCCUCAGAGAUUCGCUUCACACAUUACAACCGAAUUGAAUGUUCCCGAUUUCAAUCACUGUUCAGCUACACCACAACACAUGCAGGCAGAUCUUGGCUUCGUCUACGAAGAGAAGAGGCUGAUGAACAAUUUGGAACUUCUGAUAUUCACUGCUGUUACAGCUACCUACACAGAAGUGGGUUCGAAGAGUAUCCAGAUGUAGGAGUUGUAGCUUCCUACUGUACACACUUUUACAAUUCCGUUGAAUUAAAACACCAUCUAGUCAAAGUGACCUGUAAAGCACUGAAUAGUAGCUUCGGCCAACAGCAGUUUUACCCGGUGUAUGAAAAUGUCCAUCAAGUAAUCACUGUUUCUGAAGAAGUUGGUGAAAAAACCCAAAAACUGAUCCAAAACAGUACGACAAAACCUAUCAGUGUUUUGAUGAUAGUAAUCGAUUCUUUAUCCAGGCUGAACUUUCACAGAACGAUGAACCUCACUAAAGAAUUCAUACGAAAUAAUGGCUUCUAUGAGUUCACGGGGUAUAACAAGGUGGCUGACAACACAUUUCCCAAUGCCAUGGCUUUAUUAACAGGGUUCAAUAAUAAAGAUUCGAUGGAAAUUUGUAAGCCUAAGGAACUGGAUGGUUUAAUCAACUGUCCAUUCAUUUGGAAGCAGUUCAGAGAGUUGGGCUUUGUUACCGCAUAUGCAGAAGACUGGUCGCAAAUAGCAACUUUUAACUAUUUGAAAAAGGGUUUCAAAGAGCAACCUACUGACUACUACUUUAAACCUUACAUGGACGCCCUGAUACUUUUGGAAACGCAAUAUCAAGACACCAUGCCAUUCUGUGCUGGACCAGAGAGUCAAGGAAAUCGUAUCAUGAACCUUGCCUACGACUUUGCACAAGCAUUCAAGCAUUUGCCAAGUUUUGGACUAUUUUGGAUGAACAGUUUUAGCUAUAAUUACAUUGCCACGCCCACAACUAUGGAUUUGGAUGUUAAAAUGUUCUUCCAAAACCUCAAAAGCUCUGGUAUUCUAGAUGAGACCAUUGUGGUCCUAUUGAGCGACCAUGGCAUCAGGUUUGGGGAUAUGAUUUACACCAGACAGGGAUUUUACGAGCUGAGACUGCCAAUGAAUUAUAUAUCAGUGCCUGGGUGGUUUAAGCAGCAAUUUCCAGUGGAAUUUGCCAAUUUUAGAGCCAACUCAGAAAAAUUGACUAGUACUUAUGACUUCUAUAUGACCCUGCAGCAUGUGCUGCAGUUAUCAGGAGUUAAUCACACAAUGACGCCUGCAAAAGCUUGCCUACAGUGUAGGUCAUUUUUUGAGAAGAUUCCGGAUGAACGAAGCUGUGCAGAAGCAGGUAUUCCGGAUAUAUGGUGCACCUGCAAUGCGAACUUCACAGAAAAUAUUAGAUCUCUCGAUGGCUUUUGACACGGUUUCACUUUUUUG